GGAAAACUCAGAUAAACCCCACAGGGCCUCAGCACACUCCAGACACCCCCUACUAAGACUUCAGCUCAGCACCAGGCAACUGAUAACCUGAAGUCAUGGCAGAGAAACCUAUACUCUACUACUUUGAUGGAAGAGGUCGGAUGGAGUCCAUUCGAUGGCUCCUAGCGACAGCUGGAGUUGAGUUUGAAGAAGUGUUUUUGGAAACAAGAGAACAAUAUUUGAAGUUACAGGAGGAUGGAUUGCUGCUCUUUCAACAAGUGCCUUUGGUCGAAAUUGAUGGAAUGAAACUCACCCAAUCCCGAGCCAUUCUUAGCUACCUGGCUGCUAAAUACAACCUGUAUGGGAAGGACCUGAAAGAAACAACAUUGAUUAACAUGUAUACGGAUGGCACCAUGGACCUGAUAUUCUUGAUUACUGUAGUUUAUUUCAAGCCAGCUGAAGAAAAGGAGAAGGAGAUUGAGCUCAUCCUGGAGAAAGCCAAAAACCGCUAUUUCUGUGUCUUUGAAAAGAUUUUGAAAAACCACGGACAGGAUUAUCUGGUUGGCAACAAAUUUAGUUGGGCAGACAUACAACUGCUGGAAGUUAUUUUAAUGGUAGAAGAAUUAUGUGCUAAUGUGCUCUCCGAAUUUCCUCUGCUACAGGCAUUUAAAAAAAGAAUCAGCAACAUCCCUACAAUUAAGAAAUUCCUCCAGCCUGGUAGUCAGAGAAAACCCCCACCAGAUGAACGCUACUUGACUACUGUGAGGAAGGUUCUACAGUUUUAAUGGCUAAGGGUAGGACAAGUAGGCAAUAGAAAGAGAUUCAGCUGAUGAAUCAGAAGAUGUGGAUUCAAAUCCUGCCUCUGAUCUUUACAACUUGCCCCUGGCCCUCAGUUUCCUCAUCUGUAAAAUGAGGGGCUUGGAUCUGAUGGUCCCUUUGAGUUCUAUAUCAAUGACUCUAUGAAGUAGAGAGUAUAAAGAUUUUAGCCAUAUUGUUAUGAAUAGCACAAAGUCAGCAUUGUAGUGGAUAGCUGAAGCCUAUCUCUAGGUACUAAAAACAUAAUGUUAGACAAGUACGAAACUAAUGAUGCCACUAAAGGCAAAAGUUGAAAUUAAAUGCAAA